AGCUCAAGAGUGAAACUGAGGUAGACAAACUUAGAUGAGGAUGAAGACCUUUGCAAUUCUCCUGUCACUGUGUGUGGCCAUCUCCUCUGCACGUCCUGUGGCUCCAGAAGCAGAAGAUGAAGGAAAAACCCUACAGCUCGUAGAGAGUUAUCUACAAAAUUUCUACGACCUUCAGAAGGAUCAUCAUCCCCAUGUAAGAAGCCAUGGUGAAAACCCUGUCACUGCAAAGCUCAAGGAAAUGCAAACAUUCUUUGGACUGCAAGUGACUGGAAAACCUGAUCCUGACACACUGGAGAUGAUGAAAAAAMCCAGAUGUGGUGUACCUGAUGUACAGAAAUACGUGUUCACACCAGGCAAUCCCAAAUGGAAAAGAAAUCAUCUGACAUACAGGAUUUUGAAUUACACCCCAAAGAUGAGACGAGCUGAUGURGAUGAAGCAGUCAGGAAAGCUCUCCAUGUCUGGAGCAAUGUGACACCRCUGACAUUCCAAAGGGUUGAGAACAAAGAAGCUGAUAUAGUGAUCUCUUUUGCCUAUAGAGACCACCGUGAUAAUUCUCCUUUUGAUGGUCCCAAUGGGCAGCUGGCUCAUGCAUUCCAGCCUGGUGAAGGCAUUGGUGGAGAUGUGCAUAUGGAUGAGGAGGAAGAGUGGACAARAGAUGGAAGAGGCUACAAUUUGUUCAUCGUUCUUGCCCAUGAGCUUGGCCAUUCACUGGGUCUGUCUCAUUCRAAUGAUCCUGGAGCACUGAUGUAUCCAACUUACUCCUAUACAGACCCCAAUGAAUUCCUUCUUCCUCAGGAUGACAUUAAUGGAAUUCAGGCCAUCUAUGGACAGUCUAAUGUUGCUGUGCAGCCAACAGGACCCAUAACUCCAGAAGCUUGUGAUCCAAAGUUGACAUUUGAUUCUAUUACUACCCUGCGAGGAGAAAUAUUCUUCUUCAAGGGCAGAUACAUGCUGCGCAAGCAUCCUCAGAGGACAGAGACAGAGCUCAAUUUCAUCUCACUGUUCUGGCCAAGGCUACCAUCAGGAAUCCAAGCUGCAUACGAAAACGUUGAGAGGGAUGAAAUUUUAGCUUUUAAAGAGGAUAAAUAUUGGGUCAUCAGGGGAUAUGAUGUUGCACCUGGCUAUCCCAAACCAAUCUAUCACUUGGGGUUCCCAAAAACUGUUAAAAGACUUGAUGCAGCUUACAGUGAUGAAACCACAGGAAAAACAUACUUCUUUGUAGCUGGCAAAUAUUGGAGAUAUGAUGAAASGAAAAAAUCCAUGGAUCAUGGGUAUCCCAGGAAAAUUGCUUCUGACUUYGGAAGAAUUGGCAAACUUGAUGCUGCUUUCCAGAAAGACGGCUAUGUGUAUCUCUUCCAUGGAACAACUCAGUACCAGUUUGAUCCUCGURCCAAGCGGAUUGUUCAACAAAUGAAGAGCAACAGCUGGUUUAAUUGUUAAUUGCAAUGUUUCUCCAUAUGCAACUGUAUGUUUUUAUGUGCUGCAUUUUUCAGCAUUUCAUGAUUCUCAGGUCAGAAUGGAUUUGUGUUCAAAUUUUAUGGGAGUAUAGUCUYAAUAACUAUUUAUUUAAUACCUAAUAAAUUUAUAUAAUUUAUCACAACUUGCCCUCUUGCUGUCAA